UUCCUGGUGCAUUUUCAGCGUUCCCUGUGAAAUCUGUGAUUGACUCUUCAGGUCUGUUCGUUUUCAAGAUGGCGCCGCUCACACCUUCCACACGUGAAUUGUUCAGUGAAGCAGUUCGGGCUGUUUUGGAAACGUGGCCGGUGCUACAAAUCGCGGUGGAUAAUGGUUUCGGAGGCGCGUACAGUCAGCAGAAAGCGGAGUGGAUGGUGGACGCGCUGCAGCAGUACUUCAUCGAUAACGAUGAGCUGCAGCAGGACGAGGUGGAGGAGUUCAUCUCUGACCUGAUGAACAACGAGUUUGACACGGUGGUGGAAGAUGGCAGCUUGCCGCAGGUGGCGCAGAAGGUGUGUGAGAUGUUCCAGCAGUGUCAGCAGGACAGACUGACGGAGGUCAGAGAGCAGAUCAAGCAGCUGAUUCAGAAGAAGAGCGCUGGGAGAGCAAAGGCCACACCUGCCAAAACACCUGCUGCUGAUGAUGAUGAGAGUGAAGAUGAAGAGGCUAUGGAGUGUGGUGGAGGUGCAGCAGUGAAGGAGCAGCAUCUUCCUCCUUGGGCCGCGAGUCAUGAGGAAGAGGAUGAUGGCUGGACGGUUGUGCGCAGGAAGAAGUGACUGGACUUACAGUAUUAGGACUGAUUAAUUUUUUCAUUUAAUACAUUUUAAGGGCUUCUGCGUCUCUGAAUACUUCUGUAUUCACAACCGUGACAAACACAUGAAACCCACAGAAUGGUGCAUCUGACUAAUGUUAAAACAGAUGGAUUUCCUCACUGGACUUCUUCCAUGGGUUUCCUUUAUAAAUGCGUAGUUUGGGUACACAGUCUAAUUAAAUCAAUUUGUGUAUGCUUUGUAACUGGUCUGGUUUGGACAUUUUCAUGGUCUAGUUGUGGCCUAGCCACACACUGAUCUUUGACUUCCUGUAACUUAUUACUUGUAGGUUAAUGCCUGCAAUGGUCCUUUAUCGCCCUCUAGUGUCACUAUAGUGUCACA